AUGCAUAUCCUCAUCACUGGCGCCGCCGGUUUCAUCGGCCAAUUGCUCGCCAAAGAACUCUUGAAUGAUCCCGCCUACCGCGUUACCUUGACGGACAUUAACCAGCCUCCGAUCCCCGCAGGCGUCCGCUACCCACAAAAUGCCACCGCAACCCAAGCCGACCUGUUAACCGGGGCUGCAGACGUCGUCGACGCCUCCCUGGACGCCGUUUAUGCCUUCCACGGCAUCAUGUCGUCCGGCUCUGAGGCCAAUUUCGAUCUUGGCAUGAGCGUCAACAUCGACGCCACGCGAAACUUGCUCGAGGCGCUCCGACACACCUGUCCCGGGGUGCGGGUCAUUUACUCAUCCAGCCAGGCAGUCUACGGGCAACCCUUGCCGGAAAUUGUGACCGAUAGCGUGAUCCCGACCCCUGAAUCCUCGUACGGGGCGGAGAAGAUCGUCUGCGAGACAUUGGUCAAUGAAUAUACUCGCCGUGGGUUUAUUACCGGGUUCACGUUGCGAUUCCCGACGAUCUCGGUUCGUCCCGGUGCGCCGACGGCGGCGGCGUCCUCGUUCCUCAGUGGGAUGAUUCGGGAGCCUCUGGAUGGCAAGCCGUGUGUGAUUCCCAUUGAAGAUCGGGGGUUCAAGUCGUGGCUGUGUUCGCCGAAAGUGUUGGUGGAGAAUCUGCUUAUCACGCUUCGUCUUGCGGCGGACUCAGUUCCCCGGCACAUUCGCCAGAUCAAUGUCCCUGGCAUUUGUGUUACGGUGCAGGGGAUGAUGGAUGCGCUGGAGGUUGUGGGUGGCAAGGAGAAGCUGGCCUUGCUUUCGGAGGAAGAAGAUCCAUCUGUUGUUCCUAUUCUGAGAUCAUGGCCGACGCAAUUUGACAAUACGCAGGCUAUCUCUCUGGGGUUCAAGCGUGAUGUGUCUUUCGAGCAGACCACUAAGACAAACCCAACAGGGAUGUCCCCCACCAACCUUGAACACCCAACCGUCGGCAAACUCCCAAGGUUGGAACAUCAACUCAACGUGGCUCAACUCUCCAUCCUCGUGUACAAAAGCGUGCCUGUAGACUUCUCCCAAUACCGUCACACAGCACUACACACAAGCUGGAACGAAACCGAAGACUGGUUCCACGUCGUGGGCGCGCACCCAUUCUUCCAAUUCCAGAAAGACUCCCAAAACCCGAUUUCUGAAUCGCCGAUCGCCCGUAUCCCAGUGUGUGCGAUUCCGGAGUCGGUUUCGAAGGCGACAUUCUAUCUUGCGUGCAUGGGGACGCCGGUGCGAAAUGGGAGUGGGGAUCGCGAUUGGAAUUGUCAGAAUUGGGUCGGGGAGGCGUUGACCGAGUUGGUGAAGAUCGGCUGUGUGACGGAGCAGGACCGGGUGCUGGCUAUUGGGAAGAUGGUGGAGGUGAUUCUGGAUGCGGAGAUGGAUGUGAGUGUUCUGUUACAUGGGGGGAGAGAGAGACUAAUUGAUUUAGGAUGA